GCUCCUGACAGCUAGAAGGAAAGUGUAAACAAUCAACAAACAAGUUGUGAGGCAUCGUAUCAAUUCAUUUGCAUUAAAUUUACAAUAAAAGUGUAUUGUAGUGUUAAUCUAUCCCAACAGAUUAAAACUAUUAAACUAAAAUCAAGUGCAAUGCAGUGUUAUAGUUUUUCAAGCAUGCAAUAGCUCAAUACGGCCGACGCUUGUGUUGUUCAAAACUGUGCGGGAAAACUGAACCGAGAAAGGACACGCAAAGAUGCUAACGAGCUGGAAAAGCUGGUGCCGACUCUGUGCGGAGGAAAAGGCGCUUUUAAAGCUGGAAUCGGUCCGCGAUGUUAAUGCGGUUAUUGGUAACUUUUUCAAUGUUUCGUUGAUCGAAAUCAAAGGCACAGCAGCGAACAUAUGCGAGGAAUGUUUAGGCUUUGUCAACAAACUGGAACACUUCGAAGCGAGAUGCCAUCAAACGAACCAGCUGUUUACCUACCUGGCGAAGCACUUGCCGGACGAAACGCACCCGCUCGACCUGAAGCAGAUCCGCAGCAAGUAUCUCGACGAGAUGCUUCCGAACGAUGGAGAUGAGGAGCUGUUUGAGGUGCUGGAAGCGGAGAGCGAGCGUGCGAAGGAGCUGCUAAGCAUUGAUCCCGUGCUUGAGACGCAAGAUAUACAGGAGCUCGGUAAAGUGGCGGACGACAAUACGGAGGUGCUGUACCAGGUGGAGUCGCUGACUGUUUCCAGCGUUCAAAAUGAGCUGGAAAACAAUGCGAACGAGACGGAGCAGUGGGAAAUGUUGGAGGUCGAUAUGGACGAUUGUAGCAAUGGUCUGGAGACGAACGAUGAGAACGUGGAAGAGGAAGAGUUUGACAAAUUUUCCGACUCGGAUUACGAACCAGAGACGAGCGGAUCGGCCAGCGGUACAAAGCGUGAACAGAGCAAGGGAAAAGAUGACUCCGAGUCUCCGAUCGAUGGGGACGAUGAAAGCGUACCUGCCAAGCAGCUCCAAAAACGAAGGUACACGACGACCAGGGGCGCUUCCCCCAAUCAGCAGGUGCAUCAGUGUAAAUACUGUCGGAAAACGUUCAAAUGCAACAGUCAGCUAACGAGGCAUGAGUACAUCCAUCUGACGCAGGAUGGGAAGCCACGCUACUCAUGCGAAAUUUGUCGCAAAGUGUUUACUAAAUCCUCAAUCCGGCGGGCGCACAUGCGAAUGAUGCACGAGGGCGCAAAACCGUACAUGUGCGAGGAGUGCGGCAAACCGUUCAGCUCGAAGGGAGCACUGAAGGAGCACUACAUCGUGCACUCCGAGGAGCGACCGUUUAAGUGUGCGUACUGUCCGAAAAGCUUUAAAAAUGCGCCACGUCUUAAGACACACGAAGAUACCCACAACGAUACGCUGUACGUGUGUCCGCACUGUGGCUUGAAGCUCAACACCAAGCGUACCCUCAACAUGCAUAUGGUUGUGCAUUCGGAUCAGAAAAAGUUCAAAUGCCAGGAGUGUGGCAACGAGUACAAGCGCUCCAAGGCGCUGAAGGCACACCUGAUACUGCACACCGGGUUGCGGCCGUACCAGUGCCCGUUUUGUGAUAAAACCUUUGCAAACGGAUCGAACUGUCGCAGCCACAAGAAGAAGUUUCAUCCGCGCGAGCUGGCCGCACUGGAGGCGGCGGGUGGGCAGAAACCGGCUGCCAACAUUCCGAAACUGGAACACCUUCAGCGAAAAAGCCAAAGCGAUGGGGAAGGCGUUGAGAUCACGAGGAAACACAUUCGCUCAACUGCGCGAGCAUCGAACAGUAACAGAGGGAAAGAACGACAGGAACAACUGACACUCACUGCUGAUGAAGCAGAUACCGAUGGGUCGCCGAUCAAAUCUGAGCUAAAAAUGGAGCUUAAUGUGUGAAAAGAUCCGGCAUAUCUCGCUGGUAGGUAGCUUAGGACAGGCAAUUGUAAGGUGUAGACUAAGUAACGGUAAUUAAGCUAAGGAUUGCGGUUGAAUCACAACAGUUGUAUAAGCAAAAAAGUAUUUAUUUGAUUGAUUCCUUUACCCCAGUUCAGAUGACGAUUAGCUUUUGUUGGAUUUCAUUCAGUUGGCUAACUAUCCUAACGCUAAAUGGCUAUUGUAUUUUAUAAACGUCGAUGGAGUUUCAAAUCGUAGAUAUCGGCCCCGGAACUACCAGAAUCUUAAAUUUACUCUGAAUCUUACAGGGUUUCUCACGAUUUAUUGGUCAGUUCCCAUGAUUUUUUGGUGCGUUCUCCAUUUUUUGAUCGUAUUCCAUAGAUUUUUGGAUAUCAAUACAAAUAAACCAAAAAAAUAUGGGAAACGACAAAAAAAAUAGUGGGAACGCACCAAAAAAAAAUAUGGGAACCAACCAAAAAUUGAUGGGAACUAAUCAAUAAAUCGUGGUCAACCCUGUAUCUCGCUUUCGAGCAGAUCUCCAUGUUUAUAAGUUCACGUAUCUCCAUGUUUAUUGAAUGCUCCUGUAUAAAUCCUAAUAGUGGAACCGACCUCCGUGGCCAGAAAGUUAAGCAGAAUCCAUCUUGACCCAGAAACUGAUCCCAAGCCUAUCGAUGUAAAGAGUGAUCUUGAACUGAUCUGGAUCAAAAACUGAUCCUAUUUCUUGAA